AUGGUGUGCAGAGCUGCAGAGAGGACUGCUGAGAUGUUCCCAAAUACUAAAAUAAUAAUAUCUACUCUCCUACCACGACGAGACUUUCACCCAGACACCAUACAGAGAGUAAACACGGACAUUAUCAAAAGAUGUGCCUACAUCCCAAAUAUUCACAUCGCCCACCACACCAACAUCUCGCUCCAUCACCUGUACGACCACGUACACCUGAAUAAGUACAGCAUCAGAGAAUUCACAAGAACUCUGAAAAACGCAGCACGGGGAAUAAACAGAUCCCCACACACACCAGGACAGCGACCACAUCAGAGACACAGCACACCCAUCAGGAGACCACCGACACACCCGUUUUCAACUGGACCUACACAGCAGUCCAGACCAGGACCAGGCAGAACAGCACCCCGACGCCCUCCAGAGCUGACAACCCCACCGAACCACCCAUCUAGACCAGGACCAGGCAGAACAGCAUCUCAACGCCCUCCAAUCCUGCCAACCCCAUCGAACCACCCAUCUAGAACAGGACCAGGCAGAACAGCACCUCAACGCCCUCCAGAGCUGACAACCCCACCGAACCACCCAUCUAGACCAGGACCAGGCAGAACAGCACCUCAACGCCCUCCAGAGCUGACAACCCCACCGAACCACCCAUCUAGACCAGGACCAGGCAGAACAGCACCUCAACGCCCUCCAGAGCUGACAACCCCACCGAACCACCCAUCUAGACCAGGACCAGGCAGAACAGCAUCUCAACGCCCUCCAGAGCUGACAACCCCACCGAACCACCCAUCUAGAACAGGACCAGGCAGAACAGCACCUCAACGCCCUCCAGAGCUGACAACCCCACCGAACCACCCAUCUAGACCAGGACCAGGCAGACCAGCACCUCAACGCCCUCCAAUCCUGCCAACCCCAUCGAACCACCCAACCAGACCAGGACCAGGCAGACCAGCACCUCAACGCCCUCCAAUCCUGCCAACCCCACCGAACCACCCAACCAGACCAGGACCAGAUAAACCAGCACUCAGACGCACUCCAGUUCCACCAACACCAACGAACCACCAACCACAGAGAACUUCAGCAGAAACCCCAUGA